GUCAGUCACUCUCUCCGCCGUCCGCAGACUGGCGCUGCGUUGCUGACCCAACGCAGGAAGACGAAGUGCAAACCCUCAUGUCCGACGCGAUGAGCAAGAACUUCAUCGACUACGAGCAGUACCCGCAAUCGGCGCACAUCCAGAACCGUUGUGUGAACAUGAUCGCGGGCCUGUUCCACGCCCCGACCACCGGCCAGGAGGGCGCGGAGGAGGACGCGAUCGGAACCUCGACGGUCGGGUCGUCGGAGGCGAUCAUGCUGGCCAUGCUGGCGAUGAAGAAGCGCUGGCAGAACCAGCGCAAGGCGGCGGGCAAGGACUGGUCGCGACCGAACAUCAUCAUGAACAGCGCGGUGCAGGUCUGCUGGGAGAAGGCCGCGCGGUACUUCGAGGUGGAGGAGAAGUACGUCUACUGCACCGAAACGCGGUACGUCAUCGACCCGGCCACCGCGGUCGACCUGGUCGACGAGAACACGGUCGGCAUCUGCGCCAUCCUGGGCACCACCUACACGGGCCAGUACGAGGACGUCAAGGCGAUCAAUGAUCUGCUGGUGGCCAAAAAUAUCGACUGCCCGAUCCAUGUGGACGCCGCCAGUGGCGGGUUUGUCGUGCCGUUUGUGAAACCGGAGCUGGAAUGGGACUUUCGAUUGGAGAAGGUCGUCUCGAUCAAUGUCUCAGGCCAUAAAUAUGGAUUGGUCUAUCCCGGUGUCGGGUGGGUCUUCUGGCGUGCCCCGGAGUAUCUGCCCAAAGAGUUGAUCUUCAACAUCAACUAUCUCGGCGCCGAUCAAGCCAGCUUUACCUUGAACUUCUCGAAAGGCGCCUCGCACGUCAUUGGUCAAUACUAUCAGUUGAUCCGGCUGGGGAAGCACGGUUAUCGCUCAAUCAUGACCAACCUGACUCAAAUCGCCGACUACCUGGCCUCGGAACUGGGCAAACUGGGCUUCAUCAUCAUGAGCGAAGGCAACGGUCGCGGUCUCCCGCUGGUCGCAUACCGAUUCCCCGAGGAGGAGGGCCGUCUCUACGACGAGUUUUCCCUGGCCCAUGUGCUGCGUCGUCGCGGGUGGGUGAUCCCCGCCUACACCAUGGCCCCCAACUGCAACGCGCUGAAGAUGAUGCGGAUUGUCCUGCGGGAGGACUUCAGCAUCCAUCGCUGCAACCUGCUGGUGGAGGACAUUCGCCAGGCGCUGACGUCGCUCGAGGAGAUGGACGAGACGAUGAUCAAGCGAUACAGCACCUACGUCCAGACGCACGCGACUCGCGGGCCCCAGGGCCACCCGGUCUACAAGCACGAAAAACAUUCGCUCCAGGGUAAGACCGGGAAAACGCACGCGGUUUGCUGAGUGGAUUGUUUUUCGGGCUUUGUUGCGCCAAUUAAGUUUGGCGACCGGUGACAAGUCAGAGAGAUGGAUACUACCAGGUACCUAGUAGCCUAGUAACUAUACAUAGCGCACAAAGGACUUCGUAUUGCUU